AUGCCUUCCAACAAGAACAAGGCCAAGUCCAAGGCAGAGAAGGAGAGGAGAGCCUUGGUGACUGCUGCCAAAGACCAUGCCCAGACCAUCAUGGCCCACAACAUGGGCUGCACCAGACAUGAUCAACCCCCCAGCAACAAGUUCAGAAUUGUUGGCAGUCCUAUCCACAUCCCUGCUUUCAACAAGGAGAUCAUGACAAACCUCACUGUCAUUGACUCUGAGACCAACCAGCCAUUGCAGAGGUUCAAGCCCACAAGCUACAAGAAGCAGACUGCAGCCAACAAGUCAGCUGGCAAGGACCUGGAACUCUUCACAAAAGCCCUGCAAAAGCAUGACCAGAUGAAAUCCAGGGGAAACAUCCACUUGGGCCUAUGGGCUGAAAGGGGCAAUGUCAAGAUCAACUUCAUCACCCACACUAGCAAAAAUGAAUUUGGUGUAAAUUGUAAGCGGUCAUGCGCCUGA